AUGACAACAGUCGUGUACAAUUAUUCAGCCGUUUUGGGCGAAAUAACGUUAAUGACGCCAGCAUUUAACGCAAGUUCAACGUCAACGUUCAACGUUAGCGUCACACCCACAGCGUCUGCGCGCUGCGUGGAACUCCUCAACAGUUCCUCAGGACCCCCAGCGAUGUACGAGCCAAUCGAAAGAUAUAUAAUAUCGGCCGUUUUGUUCCUAUUUCCGUGUUUAACUAUGUUGGGGAACGUCAUGGUUAUCGUAGCAGUGUUAACACAUAAACGUUUGCAGACCGUGACUAACGCUUUCGUUGUCUCGCUCGCUAUUGCCGAUAUUAUGGUUGCAAUAUUAGUGAUGCCUUUCGGAAUUUAUCAACAGUUCAAUAAUAAAAACUGGCAAUUAGGUCGAACAUGGUGUCUUAUUACGUCCAGUUUUGACGUCAUGUUCACUACAACGUCCAUUUUUAAUCUUUCAGGUUUAGCAAUAGACCGCUAUCUCGCCAUAUGUCGGCCAUUUACUCACGAGCUAUUGACUCGACGUAAGGUAAUAUUAAUGCUAUCAUUUUGUUGGAGUGUGCCUAUUCUAAUUUCAUUUGUGCCUAUAUUGUUAGAAUGGAAUCAUAUUGGAAUAGAGGAUUAUGUGAACUGCGCCUUUCCACCGGAAGAUCCUUCCCAGUGCACUUUUAUCGUCAACAAAGGAUUCGCGCUUAUAUGCUCUUCCAUAGCUUUCUACGUUCCGACUGUUUUCAUUGUAAUAUGCAAUGUGUAUAUAUUCCGAACCGCCAGAAAGCAAGCGAUGCAAAUAAGAAGUUUGGAACUAUCCGCGCAUAGACACCAUCGGAAGGGCAAGUUAAAGCAUGAGACCAAAGCCGCUAAGACGGUCGGAAUCAUCAUGGGCUGCUUCUUCAUAUGUUGGCUCCCUUUCUUUAUCAUGAACAUAAUCGAUCCGUUCAUAGGCUACAAAAUCCCCUACAAUAUUUGGGCCGUAGCGCUGUGGUUAGGUUACAUCAAUUCCACGUUAAAUCCGUUCCUAUAUUACAAUUUCAACAGGCAUUACAAGAUGGCGUUCAGACGCCUGCUGUCAUGCAAAGUGUGCCGUGGCAUCAGCGAGUUCCAGGAUGACGUCGUUCCCAGUACGCUAUGCGCGGAAAUGUCCCAUUCGGCGUCCGCCAAUUCUAACUCAAACUUGCACAACGGACGCCAUUCCAUACCACACAGCCAAAUAAAUUUCAACGUCGACUUGUGACGAACGUAAGAGGUAAAUGACACGUGAUCUGAUCUGUCCAUAAAAGAGGAAAAGGCGAAAACUUGGAAAAUAUAUCAUCUCUUGUUUUAACAAGAUAUAAAGAAUACAGUUGAUAAAGCAUUAUGCAUACAUCAUUUUUAAUACUUUACUAAAACAGGUAAACGGAUUAUACAUUAUAUACUUGUUGUUUGCUUGGAGAAAUCCCGUAAUUUUUGCUAAUUCAAACUUUAAAUGUAU